AUGCUCGCCUAUGCUAGAAAAAUUAACCACAUCAAGAAAAUCCUAUACAGAGAAAAGGUAAGGAGAAAUAAAAAAAUCCAGUGUCACAUUCAACACGUACCAUACAACGAUCAGUAUAAAGAAACGGUAACCUUAUCAUACAAAAAGGGGAUACUCACACAGGUGAUUGAGUAUGCAGAAAAGGAAAGGAGCUUUUCCCUCCUCAGUAAUAAUGUGGGAACGCACACAAAAGGGAGAAGUGAUUUUUUGCCACCACGAAAGGGGAGUUACCUAAGCGUCCCUUCUGCUGAAAAUGGUUCUGCAUGGGUUGCCUCCACACCCCAUGGGGCGCCCCCACAAGGAGAAAGGAAUCCUGAAGACGGAUAUACUAAUGGCAAAAGGGGAAGGAACCUUAAGGUCGAGACCUCCUCCCACGAAUCACUCAUUAGUACGUCUCCACAGGGUACCUGUCGAGAAAGCAGGCCAAUCAUGCCCCACACGAGGAAACAUAACAUCAUGGUGAUAAAGAAUUAUCAGGACGAAGGAAAUGAAGAAGGAAAACAAAACAGGUUGGUGAUGCAAUACCAUGUGGGAAGUAUAAAAGGUGUAAUGACGAUUUUGGAUAAAUGCCAAGCGUACAACUACAAGAAUGUUAACGUACUGGAAGAUAUUUGUGAAGUCAUCCCAUCGCUCAGUCUGCAAGACACAAACAUAAAGGACCUCCUCAGUAUUCUACAUGCCUUCAUUAAAUUAAAUUAUUUCAAUGAACGAUAUUUCAAUUAUAUGUUUUUGCGUCUUCUUAAUGAGCAUUCCAUGAGCAACUCCGAUUUGAUAUCCCUUCUGUUUGUUUUGUCCAAUGUAGAAAAGCUUAACGCCUUGAGUUGCGUUCUCCUUUACAAAAUCAAUUUUAUGUUCCUCCAUAGGAUGUACUCCUUCUCCCUACACCAGUUGCAUAAUGUGCUGAAUGCAUACCUGAAAAUGCACAAACGUCUGUCAGAUCGGGAAGAAUUCCAACGGGGAAGUACAUACGAGGAGGCAAAGACGCAUAGACGAGGUGGUCGAAAAAUCAAUUCAAAAUUCUUCGAUCUAUUUUACAAGCUAAGAUUUGACGAGGUUACCAAAACAUGGGGGUCUGCAAAAACAGGGGAGUCUGCCAAAACAGGGGAGUCUGCCAAAACGAAUAGCCCCCUCAAUUCCGUUGAUAUCAUAUUCCGCCUCAUUGAAAUUUUGAAGAAGGAAAAAAUCCCCAUGGAAAAGCUGAACAAAUUUAUAACUCCGCAGGAUUGCCUCAACAAAGCAUUCAUUAAUCACUUGAAGAAAGAAAUAGCACUCCUCCUUCUGAAGAAGUUAAAAUCUGAACAUGUCCUUUAUAACCGACUGGAGAGGAAGCGUCUGUACAGAUUGAGGGAUUCCCUUUUAGGACAUCCUAAAGAAAAGGAUCCCAAUGGGGAAGUAAAAGUGUCAAAAAAAGGAACCCCCCAGUUGGAUUCACAAAAGGAUAAGAAGUCUCCAAUGGGGAUCCACUUAGAGGAGCGAGAACUGAAUUCGGUUCGUACCUCCCCUCAGGAAAAGGGAGGAAACACAGGGUCGGCGGCUAUUCAGUUGAAGCUGAUAAAGAGGGUGAAGAAUGAGCUGAGCGCACGGAUCCUUGUGCCACUGAUAAGGGUAUGUGACAUCCGAGAUGAAAAUCACUACACAAAUGAUAAAGACGGAGAGAAUCGUCUCUCAAGCGACUGCCCUAGUAGUCAUCCUGAUUGUAACCUCCCUCGGAGAAACCCCCCCGUGGACUUCCUCCUCCACUGCUACAAACACCUACCCCUGAAGUUUGAUGCAAAAAGUCUGGUGGUCACUUUAAGUUGCUUCUCCCAGAGAAGACAAACGCAAACUGAUGAAGUGCUUCACAUGCUAAUGAACCUUAUAGAAAAAAAAAUAAAUAAAUUUACUCCAGAACAAAUAGUGGACAUGAUGAAAAGUAUCUCCAACCUGAGAGAUGAAAGAAUACCAAAUGGCAUUCUGAAUUUUUUAAUUAGAUUUCUUUUUAACAAAAAUGGUAUUAUAUACUUGAAGGACGAACACAUAUGUAGUCUCCUAAAUGUCAUUCAAAAAAAAAAAAAAUUCAUUAAUGAAGACGGUAUUCAUUAUAUAAGUCAUUUUGUAGUCAACCAUAAGCCACCUUUUAAAAAUGUGAAAAAUAUGUUUUCCUACUUUUCCUUCCAUUUUCAUUUUAACAAAUUUCAUAACCACUUCUUAAGUGCACUUUAUUGUUCCUUCCUCAGUGACAGUACAGAUGGGGAUUUCCUCCAACUUGAUCAUCUUAAUCGAGCUUUAUCGUCCACUUUGGUAAUUCCCACCACUUGGAAAUAUCAAAAAAGGGUCUUCAAAAAAAUUGAUACUUGUCUGUUGUCCACUUUGAAGAGAAUGAACCGUUCGGACUACUUCCCCCGUCUGAGGGACCUCUCUGAUGCGGUUCAACUUAUUUUCCACAUGAACAGCUCCAUGACGAGCGAGGUUUACAAAUCGUACGAGGGUGAAAUAAAUAAAAUGAGGCGGAAUAAACGUUCCCCUUGGGAUGAUACCACAAAUUGGGUAUUUGCAACGAAGAAUGGCGCAAAUGGACAAGUCAGAAAGGUUAACUCUACAAAGAUCGCAAGACACAAGGAUGGAAGACAAAAAAGGAAACUGCAAUUUUAUUACGCACGCAAUCCGUACAAUGAAGUGUAUCUCAUGACGUCAUCCUUCAAUUUAAGAAUCUUCAUUUUGAUAAGAAAAAUUGUCCACAAGGUGUUAAAUGGUAAGGGAUGUGCUAACUUGCACAGUGAAGAAAUCGCUCUCCUCGUAAAGGCAGUAACAAAUCUGCACGAAUUGCAAAAAAAAAUCACCAAGAUGAACGGAACAUACACCUAUUUUUACGUUGGAACAAAGUGGAGAUGCAAAAAAAACAAAACUAUAAACACGUAUUUCUUAAAAAUAAUAAACCAAAUUAACAAAGAUAUUCUCCAAUUUUUGUGCAAAAUGGAACACGAAAGGAUCUUUCUCUGUAACGUUCACAUGCUAAGGAGUAACUACCUGUUUGAGCCGCUAAUGAAUGAACAAUUCGUCCUGUCCCAUCUUCAACAAAGUGUGCGCCGCAUGGAGAACCGACCAAUCAGCACAGACACUACCGUUCUUUUCUUCAAUUUUCUGAGUUCAUACAAAAUUGACGAAAUGGUGUUGUCUAGCAGGGGUGUACACUUGAAGGAUAUGUUACAAAGCGCGUCUGUGUCGCGAGCAGACUUCGAGCAACUGGAGAGGACGCUCAUGAAGGCCUUCCUAGAUAGUCAAAAAAUCGAAAGUCCAAACCGAAAAAGAGAAAAGCUGUUUGCACACAUGUACAGUGAGAAGAAGAGACCAAAGUCUACCAUAAGAAACGCCAUAAAGUAUUUCUUUUUAACGUAUAAAUUCAGAAAUUGGGAAUAUCUAAAAAAGUACCAACAGGAAAGGAAAAUCUACAUAAAUAAAAUUUCUAAAAACCUGGAGAGAAAAAUGUUAAAAAGGAAAAUAAAAAAAAUGGACGAUCUGGUUAAGCGGAAUGUCAGCUUUAAACAUAUGAACAAGUACAACAAAUUUUUAAUUUUCAAAUUUACCUCAAAAUGGAAAAACAAAAGAAAAUAUUUAGUCCUUAAAUGCACCAUUAAUUCGUCCUAUGUGGACGCAAAUGAUAUGAUCGAGUUGUUGUUCAGCUCAGUUGUUAUGUCCAUUAGACAUUUUGUCAAUCACCCUAAGGGGAGUUUUCUCCGCGCACCAGGGCAUCCCACCUGUGAACCCCCUAUGCCUGAAUACUCCAAAUGUGUGACAUUCCUGCUAAAAAAAAUGAUUGUAUUGAAGAAACCGAAAAUUGUUAACAUUACAUACCCUCUCUACUUUAAACUCUGUCUCUGUAUUGAAGCCAUUAAAUGGGUGUAUCCCAAACUGAUGAAAAAUUAUGGGCACAUAUUAAUGUACUGGAAGAAAGUGAUGGCCACGCAUUUGGGGGGCGAGAAGACCUUUAAAAAUUAUUUCGAUUAUGCGCAGAGCGGAGGUGGCGCCUGCAUCAACGCUAUCAACGAGAAUCGUAUGUUGAGUGCAUCCCACAUGCUAGGAAACGGGAAUGAUUGGGGUACCGUGCCCCACACGGUUACCCCUUCAAAAGGGAAGACACAACAGAGCCUCAUGAACCACAGAAAUGACGCUCUCCAAAGGUUUCUAACCUACCCCUCCAUUUCACAAACAAAUUACAAAUAUAAAUUAAAAAGUAAAAAAAAAUACUCCCUCGAGAAUUGUCUUUACUUUAAAAAUUCCAAAUGUUACAAAAACAUAGUCUUCCAUGACAUGCACGAGCACGUGAGCUACCUCCAAAACAUUUCUCACCAACUGUACAUUAAUUUCGUGCACUGGAAGAGAAGACAACUACGGCGAAGUAACAACCAGGGCGGACAAAAAAAAAAAAAAAAAAAAAAAAGAAACUAUAAAAGUGUAAUACAAUUGAACUGCAACUAUGCCAAACGAAAUAGCAUACUGUACAAAUGCUCCUUCAACAUAAUUGACGUAAAAAAAGUGGAAAUGUUUCAUAGCCAUCUGGUCAGAGUAGACGUCGCUAAACGUAACCGUACCGGCAACAUACGCACCUUUUUUGUCUUUCCCUACGCGCCCUUUAACCUCAACACAGUUGUAAAAAAUGGCACAAGCACAGAUAACGCCAUGCAGUUGUGCGCAUCCACAUUUUGCAAACGUGAAUUAUUCUUAACUUUAUUUUUGAUGAACGCGGAAUUGGCGAAGCACAUCCAGACAGAGAUAAAUAUUGUGCCCGUAGCCACGGACAAACUGAACAACAUCCGCAGCAGAAAGCAGCUCCAUUUGUACUUAUCAGCAAAACUGUUAUGUUGA